AUGAGAAAGUUUGGGUACAAACAAAGUAAUUCGGAUCAUACUUUGUUCUUAAAGUGUCGAAUGGGUAAACUUACUGCCUUGAUUAUAUAUGUCAAUGAUAUGAUAGUGACUGGUGAUGAUCCAAUUGACACUCCCAUUGAGCAGAAUCAUAAGCUUUUUUACAAUUUAGGUACUAGUUGUGCAGAGAAAGAGAGAUAUCAGAGACUAGUUGGAGAAUUAAUUUAUUUAUCACACACAUGGCCUGAUAUUGCCUAUGCUGUGAGUGUGGUAAGUCAAUUUAUGCAUGACCCACGAGUACUUGACAUGGAUGCUGUAGAUCACAUUUUGCGCUAUCUAAAAUCUUCACUCGAUAAGGGACUACUAUUCUCUAAACAUGGGCAUUUAAAUGUUGAAGGGUAUACUAACGCUGAUGGGGUUGGUUCCGCUGAUAAUAGACGCUCUACAUCUGGUUAUUUCACUUUUGUGAGAGGAAAUCUUGUGACUUGGAGAAGCAAAAAGCAAUCCGUCGUAUCCAGAUCAAGUGUUGAAGCUGAGUAUAGAGGGAUGGCAAAUGGAGUAUGUGAAUUAUUGUGGUUAUGA